UUGAAGUUCAAACUAUACAUUGUUUUUGGUGCCUUCCAUAAAUCUUAAAAUAAACCAGAGUAAUGCGCGGGAAUGGUUGUUGCAGGCGAUUAAUGCAGCACUCCUGUGUUCGUGUUUACAGAAAGCAUUUCUCCACAAUCUCACUAACCAGCACAAGUAUUGUAACUCCAACAAAAUCCAGAAACUUUAACACCCAAAAUCAUUCACAAAACAAAAAUCAACUCCAAACUCCAGUCAGAGAUAUAAUCAAAUGGAACACCCGGAUAACCAAUCACAUGAGAAGAGGCCAUUUCGAAUUGGCCCUCGAACUCUUCAGUAUAAUGCCACAAAGAACUGUAGUUUCUUGGAAUGCAAUGAUUUCUGGGUACUUGUCGAAUCAUCGCUUUAAAGAUGCCCACAAAAUGUUUGAUGAAAUGCCUAAGAGAGACUUGUUUUCUUGGAACUUGAUGUUGAAUGGUUAUGUUCUGUAUCAGAAUCUAGCUUCUGCUAGAUCCUUUUUCGAAACAAUGCCUGAAAGAGAUGUCGUGUCUUGGAAUACAAUGCUAUCUGGGUAUGCCCGUGGUGGGUUUGUAGAUGAGGCUAGGGAAAUGUUUGCAAGGAUGCCAAAUAAGAAUUCUAUAUCAUGGAAUGGAAUGGUAGCUGCUUAUGUACAUAAUGGGAGGGUUGAUGAAGCUGCUGCAUUGUUCGAGUCAAGAGGAGGGUGGAAACUGGUGUCUUGGAAUUGUUUGAUGGGUGGGUAUGUGAAGACCAAUAGGUUGGUUGAAGCAAGGGAACUUUUUGACAGGAUGCCGGAAAGCGAUGAGGUUUCGUGGAAUACUAUGAUAUCGGCUUAUGCUCAAAACGGACAGAUAUCAGAAGCUCAGAGUUUGUUUAUGAGGUGUCCGAGCAGGGAUGUUUUUACAUGGACAUCAAUGGUUUCUGGUUAUAUACGAAAUGGUAUGUUGGAUGAGGCUCGAAGAUCAUUUGAUCAGAUGCCAGAAAAGAGUGUUGUAUCAUGGAAUUCUAUAAUUACAGGAUAUGUACAUAAUAAGAGAAUAGAUGUAGCUAGGGAACUGUUCGAGUCAAUGCCUACUCGUAGUAUUAGUUCUUGGAAUACGAUGAUUAGUGGCUAUGCACAAAGGGGUGAUGUUGCAGAAGCUAGGAGUUUGUUCAAUAAGAUGCCACAACGAGAUUCUAUUUCAUGGUCAGCAAUGAUUGCUGGUUAUGCUCAAAGUGGUCAUAGUGAGGAGGCUUUUCAUCUUUUUGUAGAGAUGAACAGAAAUAGAGAACGGUCAAAUAAAUCGGUGUUUACCUGCGUUUUAAGCACGUGUGCUGAUACUGGUGUUCUAGAAUUAGGUAUGCAAAUGCAUGGGCAAGUCACGAAAAUAGGAUAUGAAAGUGCAACCUAUGUAGGAAAUGCAUUGGUUGCUAUGUAUUGCAAGUGUGGAAGCAUUGAAAAAGCAAACUGUGUAUUUCAGGGAAUAAUUGAAAAGGAUACUGUUUCAUGGAAUACUAUGAUUGCUGGUUAUGCAAGACAUGGGUUUGGCAGAGAAGCUCUGAUAGUAUUUGAGUCAAUGACUAAAUCUGGGGCUAGGGCCGAUGAUACAACCAUGGUAGCCGUGCUGUCAGCCUGUGCUCAUGCUGGUUUAGCUGACAGAGCCAAACAAUAUUUCUAUGCUAUGUACCCUGAUUAUGGCUUAGUUCCUAGCCCACGACACUAUACAUGUAUGAUUGAUCUUCUUGGCCGAGCAGGAAGGUUAGACGAAGCCCAGAAUUUGGUGAAUAACAUGCCAUUUUCACCAGAUGCUGCAACUUGGGGUGCUUUGCUUGGUGCAGCUAAGGUACAUGGGAACAUUGAGCUUGCAGAAAAGGCUGCAGAGAAUAUAUUUGAAAUGGAGCCUGAUAAUUCAGGAAUGUAUGUGCUUCUUUCGAAUUUAUAUGCAGCUUCAGGCAGAUGGUAUGAUGUUCAGCAAAUGAGACUGAAAAUGAGGGACAAAGGGGUGAAAAAGGUUCCUGGGUAUAGUUGGCUUGAAGUGCAAAACAAGAUCCAUACAUUUGCAGCUGGAGAUACUAACCACCCAGAAAAGGACAGGAUAUAUGCGUUCUUAGAAGAGUUGGAGUCAAGGAUGAAGCAAGAUGGAUAUGUUUCAUCCAUAAAGUUGGUGUUACAUGAUGUUGAUGAGGAGGAAAAAGAGCAUAUGCUCAAAUAUCAUAGUGAAAGACUAGCUGUUGCUUAUGGGAUUUUGACUUUACCGAAGCACAAACCAAUACGCGUUAUGAAAAACCUGAGAAUUUGCGAAGAUUGCCAUACAGCUAUUAAGCACAUCUCGAAGCUUGAAGGACGGUUGAUAAUAGUAAGGGAUUCUAAUCGGUUUCACCACUUUAAGCAAGGAGUAUGUUCUUGUGGGGAUUAUUGGUGAGAAUGAAGAGAUCGAAGUUGGAAAUAGUAAAGAAUAUUAGCAGUUGCUUCUGGAAUCUAUUGUGUGCCUAUUUUUAACUAAGAGUUGACCAGUAUUGGAUGACACUCACACUCUUUGGAUGGUAAGGUCAAUGUCAGAUAUUUGCUGAAAUAUGACUGGGCAGUUUUUGAUAUGCCUGCAGCGAUUAUAAUCGCUAUCAAAUUAAGUUAUAAAUCUGGUCUGAGGCAGAAGCUGUAUUCUUUGUUUCCCCAUGAAGUGAUAUACAGAUAUUUGAAUACAGAGACAUGGGAAAAUUUCCAAGCAACAAUGUCAGUCACCUGAGCAAGUUUUCAGAGAAAUUUUAAUUUUAUACUUGCUUGCAAGUGUUCUACUGAAAUGAGUGAUCACUUAUAUCUGUAAUUCCUUUCUUUAUGGUGAAUUGGUGUUUGCUAGUUCUGAUAUAGUUCAGAUUACACAUAUUGAGAGUUGUGGCAAUUUGAUGAGCUGGUUUUACUGGUUCAAGAGUUAAUACUGCUGGUGGUGGUGGUGGUGAAUGGGAUGAUGUUCUUUGCAGUUCUUGUUUUGUUGGAAAUUUUGGGAUAUCUCUGCUGCUGCUCUUAUAUGCAGUAUGCUCAGCAGUUAGUAUCAUAUUUUCUGAUACUUAAUUAGCUCUCUUAAUCAGUCUUAGAUGCAGGAAAGAAUUCUGAUUUGUUACCUAAUUACCUAUUGUAAUCAGAUGCAAUGGUGCAAGUGAGGUAUAUGUGAUGCUGCUGUUUUGUGGUCCUUAGCUUUUGAAGUCCAGAACUGUUCGGACAGAGAACGAAAAGGAAGCAACUGCCCCGGUGCCUAGAUUCUCUAUUAAGCAUAAAUUAGUGACACUAUGCAGAUGAAGAGUUCCGUCCUCAACUCUUUCCAGUAGGAUGGGUUGAGGAUGAAUACAGAUGCAUUACAUGGUUCGAUACUUCGAUGUUAUACACUUAUUUCAAAUUUGUACAUGUUUUUUGGUUUUAAUAAAAUAGAUUUUAAUUGCAAAAAAAGAAGCUCAAUACCAGUA